UUUUUGAAGACAUAAUUUUGUAGGGUAUGGUUUCGUUACGUACAUCAAUGAUGUUCCCGCUAUAAAGCGGAAGAUUUUAUUUUUUGUGUGACCUGAAGUGAUCGCUUUAACAUGGAUCAACUCGUGAGUCACAAAUCGUCCAUUGUGACGGAAGGCGAUAUGAGCCUAGAUUCCAACAUGGCCAUGACCGAUUUGGACAAAGGCCUGAGAUCAUCGAACGUUGGAGAGCAGUGUGAAGCCAUUGUUCGAGUUCCACGCCUGUUUGAGAAUUAUCCGUUCCCCAUUUUGAUCAACUCCGCGGUCUUGAAACUCGCUGAUGUUUUCCGUUUUGGGAAUAAUUUCCUUCGCAUGUGCGUGUUGCGAGUUUGUCAGCAGUCGAGACGCCAUCUCGACAAGGUGAUAAACGUCGACGAAUUCGUGCAGAGAAUAUUUUCCGUCAUACAUUCGAAUGACCCUGUUGCUCGUGGACUGACGUUGAGAUUGCUGGGCAGUAUUGCGGUGAUUAUCCCGGAAGCUAAGGAAGUCCAUCAUGCUAUUCGCAGUGCGUUGGAUUCACAUGAUCGCGAGGAGCUCGAAGCAGCAAUCCUUGCUGCUGCAAGAUUCACCAAACACUCGAAAACGUUUUCGACGAAUAUCUCGGGGAAAAUCAGUGAAAUGAUGGAAGGACUUUCGCACCCAGUUGAAAUCAAGAUCAAACUUCUUCCCAUUUUUGGCAACAUGCACCACGACGCUGAAACAGCUCUAACUGUUCGCUCACUAUGUUUAGAGCUCCUUCGAACGUAUCCUUCUGUAGAAUUCAAAGUUACGACUAUCCGAACUUUGACACGCCUGUCGAUCGCCACUUUAGUGAACAUCCCGGAACAAGUCUCUCUGCUGAUUGAAUGCCUUCAAGCGGAUCAUAGAGACGAAGUGAAACUCUGCGCCCUUUCAGACUUGCGACUGGUGGCGAAAGAAGCGCCGCAUUUGUGGACUCAAGAGAAUUGGAAAACUGUGGUGAAAUUUGCCGAAGAGCGCCGAAACGAGCCUGUGAUCUUCUCUGCGGUUUUGGUAUUGCUCGGCUUGUUGACCGAAUCAGGUUCUCUUCCUGAAUUCGUACACGACCGAGCUAUGCAAAAGUUGUGUUUGGAGGCCGCGGCAACGUCGCCGGUCGCCCGUGUUGGAGUGGAGGGUGCCGUUGUGCUCACAACCGUGGUAACUUCUUUGUUACGCUCGGGAAGAACGGAUGAAGAGUUCGUGGAAGAUGCUUUACUGGCUAUUCAGGACCGAGUUUUCCGUUGCUUAGCCGCCCCGGACAAAAACCGCAACAGCCUGAAGCGACUUUUGUGUUUAGUGGUUAAACUAGCGUCGUGUUGCGAUCAAGUGUGCGCGCGAUUAGUGACGAUAUUGACGCAGUAUUUGACGAGUGAUUCGGAGGUAAUGGCGAAUGCGUUUUGUGGUAUGGGAAGUGGUGGAUGCAGAGACGCAUUGGGGCCGGUGAAAGAGCGUGUGAUGGGCUUGUUGAAAGACCAGUCGGUUGGGAUGAGUUCCGAAGUAUUUGGGACACUCAUGACGUUGUUGUUUCAAGCUACGUCCGGGCUGGCGGAAUGGAAUGAGAAAUUGCGAGAGAUGAUUGUGUUGAGAGCUGUGAGUGUGGAUCCCUGGGUCUUGUACAGGAUUGUUCGACAAGCCGCAAGGUACGGACAUUUUGAAUGGGCUUCUGCGCAGUGUCAAACGCUUGAAGGGCAUGCAGUGAAAGAAAUGACGGUUCAUUGGUUCAAAUCCCUGCGAUACGCAUUUGUUGCUGAAACUGAGCUAAAUAGAGCGUACACGAUUUGCAAGUCGAACUCCAUGGAUCGCUGGGACUCGUUGAGCCGAUCCAUAAUUUUUUAUCACAACGCUCUCAUAUCCUUGAAGGCCGUUGGCUCAGCCGACGUGAGCUCUUACUGGCGCGAGGAGUUCCUCAAGUUAAGGACGAAGAUGCUGGAGGCUCAUCGGUCGUUCGCAGUUGCAGUGACGGGUUUGUCAACGUGUCCCCCGCCAUCUAAUUGGCGAAAGAAAAAUGGAAAUUCACCGCCGAAAUCGAAGAAAAGUGUCAAAGAAUCUUCCGACGCCAGUGAUGACGUCAACGGCGACGAAAGUGUGAAUGGGGAUGAUUUGAGUGGCGAUGAUUUUUAUCGUUACGGAUCUGCAGCUCAUCAGCUCCUCAAAGUGACGUCGAACUUUCGACACGUCGCGUCGGGAUACGAACAGUUGAUCGAAAAGUCCUUCGAUGCAGAUCCUCAAACGUUGAUCUCGAUUUCCCUAUUAAAUCAGUCCUGUGGCUUGAUGGCGAAUGCAGUACAGUUCGCAAUGAUGAGAGCUGGUGCAAGAGCUGAGGAUGGGGAUGGAAAACGCAUCGGUUCCUCCUUCUUCAUCAGGGACGCCAUUAUGGAUUCCGCUGCGUUGAGCCUGGAGCAUAAGAUUCAACUCGAAUCUCUCAACGCCUGCAGUUCUGCCCUGGAUCGUCUGAUGGGAACAUUUGUGAAAUCAGGCGAUAAAAGCUUCUCCCCGCGACUCGUGGCUGCCGUUUUGGACAUCACCUCUAGUCUAUUCUGCGUUCCUCUCAGCUUCCCGCGUUUCUUCUUCCAACACGCGCAGAACACGGCCAUCAAGCUCAACACGUCCCCGGAAACAAAUUCUGCGUCAUUUUCGCAAAGUUCAGCGCCGAAUUUGGCAGUGAAAAUCGAAGGCGUGAUUGAGCACGGCGGGAAACGGAAACCCUUUCGGCGUGUGUCUCAGGUUGUGGUUUCAGUGAAAGCUCACGUGAGUGCCGGCGGUAUGACUCAGACUUUGACGCCGAAAAACGAUUAUUUCACUGCGCAAUUUCUCUUGAACACGGCGGCCAUGAUGUCGGGCUCUUCGAAUGUCGUGAUUGAAACGCAUAUUGUGGAUGAGGAGGGACGGGUCUGGGAUGGUGGGGUCAAGGUGCUGAUGCCUUUGGGCGCUAUGCCGAAAUUCGGACCCGGGCUGAAAUUGGGCAGAGCACUCGGAAGAUCUGAGAGCCCGCAACUCGACAAGGAUGCUCUGUCGAUCGCCUGCGACGUGAUUAGCAUGAAUGCGUUGCCAUUGGAGUUGCUCGCUGAAAUUUUCUGUCGAGUGAACUUUGGGGAUCUUCUUGAACUUCGCCUCGUCUCCACGAAAUUCAACGAAGCUGUAACUUAUUCAGCUGACCGGUUUUUGUAUGUUAUAGCGGAUCCAUUCCUUUCGAAUCCAACCGAAAUUGAAGAAAAUGUGGAAUCAUCUGCCGAAACCCUGAAGAAGUCUUCGUUCCCGUUUCAUAAUUUCUUCAUUAAGUGUUCAAACCUGCAGUCUUGUUUUCAGUCAGCGAAAGAAAUCACUUUGAAUGGAGUGGAAAUUACAUCGAAAUUAGCCGAGAAAAUCUUACAAAACGCGUCCUCAAGCCUGAAGAAACUCUCAUUGGAAGACUGCAAUUCGAUUUUCAUCACUGGUCAGAUUUUUCGUGAUUGGACCCCAGAUCAAGCCUUAGAAAAUCUAGUCUGCCUUCGAGUGUCGGAUACUCGUUAUUUGAGCGAUGAUAUCUUCAGCAGAAUUUUGCCAUUAUGUCCGAAUUUGCGAUCAUUGGAACUGGAGCGAUGUCAGAUUUCUUCGCAUGGCAUGGUUCACCGGAGAUUUUAUCCCGCGGGAAGGGAUGCUAUGCUGAGUCAGUCUUUGCUGUCUGUUCAGACUGUGAUGAGACUUUUGAGCAAACAUUGUAGAGCGAUGAAGUCGUUGAGUUUCUGUGAAAUGGCUCUCACAGACGACUUUGUGGAAGAACUGUGUGGUUGUAGAGCGUUUCAGGAUUUAGAAGAGCUCAGCUUGAACGUAUGUCCGAAUAUUUCUGAAAGAGGAUUCUUGCGUAUUCUGCAGAGUUUCCCAAAACUGAAGAAGUUCAGUUCUGUGAAAUCACUUCGUGUGAUUUCUGGAAAUUUGGUGUCAGCACUGGGAUCUGAUCUCGAAGUUUUGCGACUUGGAAGUUUUGCCUCACUUUUCACUCUUAGUGGAGCGCCGGAUGACCUUAUCUCAAUUUUCAAUCGGAAUCCGUCUUUACAUACGCUUGUCCUGCGUUCAACGGGAACCAUUCCACUUUUGAACGCAUCCAUUGUUGCCGAUAUGAUGGAGAAGAAGAUGAAGUUCUUCGAGUCAUUGACGGUCUUGGAUUUGUCGGAGUGUAUGUCUGAAUCUUGCGAUAUUGAAUGUACACUGGAUAUACUGGGUAGGACACGGGGACAGCAUCUAAAAGAAUUGUAUUUGAGCAACGUUCCUAAUUUAACAUUCGUUGCUCUUUCAUUCGUUUUCAAAUACUUAACCAAACUGAGGCUAUUGGAUCUUUCGAAAUCCGUGAAGUUAGAGGACGAUCACCUGUUUGGUUGCCCUGAAGAAGGAACGGAACCCGAAGUUGUUGUGGUGCCUCAGAUGUGCUCAUGCAACGCAACGCGUUCCAAUAUUCUUUCUUGCAAUCUUAGAAGAAACGCGUCGUCAACCGGCUGUUCGUUGCUGAAUUUAACAGAACUUCAGGUCUUGAAUCUAUCUUCGUGUGGUCGGUUAACGGAGGUGGGGAUACUUCAUGGCCUCGGUCAUUCCAGCCUCCACACUUUAGACAUUUCGUGCAAUCGAAUGUCCCGAGGAGCCGUGAAACCGGUGGCGAUCUUGUUGCCAUCCCUGAGAGAUCUGAUUAUGGAUGGAUGCUAUGGUGUUCAAAAUGAUGAUAUCAUCACAUUUGUUCGUGAUGCAAGAAGGCUGAAAAGGCUCAGUUUGCGCGGGAUUAGAGAACUCAACGAGUUUGCUACCGAGUAG